UGAACCCCGGGGCCGCCACAGUCGCUCCUCUUCUGUCAGCUCCGCCGUCCGGCCCUGCAGCAGCCUCAGCCCGCGCACCUCGCUCCUUCGCACCGCCACGAUGCCGGAAGAAGCGCACCAUGGGGAGGAGGAGGUGGAGACCUUUGCCUUCCAGGCGGAGAUCGCCCAACUGAUGUCGCUCAUCAUCAACACCUUCUAUUCCAACAAGGAGAUCUUCCUGCGUGAGAUCAUCUCCAACGCCUCCGACGCCCUGGACAAGAUCCGCUACGAGAGCCUGACGGAUCCGUCCAAGCUCGACAGCGGCAAGGAGCUGAAGAUCGACAUCAUCCCCAACCCCCAAGAGCGCACCCUGACCCUGGUGGACACUGGGAUCGGCAUGACCAAAGCGGACCUCAUCAACAACCUGGGGACCAUCGCCAAGUCCGGCACCAAGGCCUUCAUGGAGGCCCUGCAGGCCGGAGCAGACAUCUCCAUGAUCGGACAGUUCGGCGUGGGUUUCUACUCCGCUUACCUGGUGGCCGAGAAGGUGGUGGUGAUCACCAAGCACAAUGACGACGAGCAGUACGCCUGGGAGUCGUCCGCCGGCGGCUCCUUCACCGUCCGGGCCGAUCACGGUGAACCCAUUGGCCGGGGCACUAAGGUCAUCUUGCACCUGAAGGAAGAUCAGACUGAGUACUUGGAGGAGAGGCGGGUCAAGGAAGUGGUGAAGAAGCAUUCGCAGUUCAUCGGCUAUCCCAUCACCCUCUAUCUGGAGAAGGAGCGGGAGAAGGAGAUCAGCGAUGACGAGGCGGAGGAAGAGAAAGGAGAGAAGGAGGAGGAAGAGCCAGCCUCCAAGGACGAGGAGAAGCCCAAGAUCGAGGACGUGGGCUCGGAUGAGGAAGACGAGGGCGGCAAGGACAAGAAGAAGAAGACCAAGAAGAUCAAGGAGAAGUACAUCGACCAGGAAGAGCUGAACAAAACCAAGCCCAUUUGGACCCGCAACCCCGACGACAUCAGCCAGGAGGAAUACGGUGAAUUCUACAAGAGCCUCACAAACGACUGGGAAGACCACCUGGCAGUCAAGCACUUCUCCGUGGAGGGCCAGCUGGAGUUCCGGGCCCUCCUCUUCAUCCCCCGCCGGGCCCCCUUCGACCUGUUCGAGAACAAGAAGAAGAAGAACAACAUCAAGCUGUACGUCCGCCGGGUCUUCAUCAUGGACAGCUGCGACGAGCUGAUCCCGGAGUACCUCAACUUCAUCCGGGGCGUGGUGGACUCCGAGGACCUGCCCCUCAACAUCUCCCGAGAGAUGCUGCAGCAGAGCAAGAUCCUGAAGGUCAUCCGCAAGAACAUCGUCAAGAAAUGCCUGGAGCUGUUCUCGGAGCUGGCCGAGGACAAGGAGAACUACAAGAAGUUCUACGAGGCGUUCUCCAAGAACCUCAAGCUGGGAAUCCACGAGGACUCGACCAACCGCCGUCGCCUGUCCGAGCUGCUGCGCUAUCACACCUCUCAGUCCGGGGACGAGAUGACCUCCCUCUCCGAGUACGUGUCCCGCAUGAAGGAGACCCAGAAGUGCAUCUACUACAUCACCGGAGAGAGCAAAGAACAGGUGGCCAACUCGGCCUUCGUGGAGCGGGUGCGGAAGCGGGGCUUCGAGGUGGUGUACAUGACGGAGCCCAUCGACGAGUACUGCGUGCAGCAGCUGAAGGAGUUCGACGGGAAGACCCUGGUCUCCGUCACCAAAGAGGGGCUGGAGCUGCCCGAGGACGAGGAGGAGAAGAAGAAGAUGGAGGAGAGCAAGGCUAAGUUCGAGAACCUGUGCAAGCUGAUGAAGGAGAUCCUGGACAAGAAGGUGGAGAAGGUGACCAUCUCCAAUCGCCUGGUCUCCUCCCCCUGCUGUAUCGUGACCAGCACGUACGGCUGGACGGCCAACAUGGAGCGGAUCAUGAAAGCCCAGGCCCUGAGGGACAACUCCACCAUGGGCUACAUGAUGGCCAAGAAGCACCUGGAAAUCAACCCCGACCACCCCAUCGUGGAGACGCUGAGGCAGAAGGCGGAGGCGGACAAGAACGACAAGGCCGUGAAGGACCUGGUGGUGCUGCUGUUCGAGACGGCCCUGCUGUCCUCGGGCUUCUCCCUGGAGGACCCCCAGACCCACUCGAACCGCAUCUACCGCAUGAUCAAGCUGGGCUUGGGCAUCGACGAGGACGAGGUGACGGCCGAAGAGCCCAGUGCUGCCGUCCCCGACGAGAUCCCCCCGCUGGAAGGCGACGAAGACGCUUCCCGCAUGGAGGAGGUGGAUUAAGCGGCGGGCCCGGGCCCCCCCAAAAGUCCCCUCGUCCCCCUGUAUAGUGUCCCCCCCCAAACAGCAGUAGUGGCCCCCCCCGCCUGGCUCCGUCUGCUGAUGUCUAGUGGUUUCUUUUGUCCCCUUCUCCCGCGGGUGCCUGGGAGGAGGAGCGCGCCGCCGCUCCCUUCUCCGGGGGAGCGGCGGCAGGCUGUUGUGUAUCGUGGGCUGUCUGUUUAUUUUGUUCCGAAAUUAAAAGUAUGCAGAAUAAAAAGAAGGCGGUUUUUA